AUGUCUGAUGGGGAAUGUGUUAAGGUAAUUGUGAGGUGUCGUCCAAUGAACACACGAGAAAAAGAGCUGAAAUGUGAAUGUGUUCUUAGUAUGGAUAGCAAACGUGCUCAGUGUACCAUAAAAAAUCCAAGUGAUCCAAAGGCACCUCCAAAAGUAUUCACAUUUGAUGGAUCUUAUUUCACAGACUCAGUAACAGAAAAUAUAUAUGCAGAUAUAGCCUACCCACUGGUGGAGGGUGUGACAGAGGGAUACAAUGGGACGAUCUUUGCUUACGGUCAGACAGGAUGUGGCAAAUCAUUCACCAUGCAAGGUAUCACGAACCCUGCAUCACAGCGGGGCAUCAUUCCAAGAGCAUUUGACCACAUUUUUGAGACGGUGUCUGUGGCAGAAGACACAAAAUUUCUCAUUCAUGCAUCAUAUUUGGAAAUCUACAAUGAAGAAAUUAGGGAUUUGUUGGGAAAAGAUGCCAAAGCAAAGAUGGAUCUUAAAGAACACCCUGAGAAAGGAGUUUAUGUCAGUGGACUCUCAAUGCACCCAGUACACAAUGUCACUGAAUGUGAACGGAUCAUGGACAAGGGUUGGAAGAACCGUGCAACAGGUGCCACACUGAUGAAUGCAGACUCUUCUCGCAGCCACAGCAUCUUUACCAUUAACUUAGAGAUGAUACAGGAAGAUGCUGAAGGGGAAGAACAUAUCCGUGCUGGAAAGCUCAACCUUGUUGAUCUGGCUGGAAGUGAAAGGCAGUCCAAAACAGGUGCUACUGGAGACCGUCUGAAAGAGGCCACGAAGAUUAACUUAUCAUUGUCUGCCCUUGGAAAUGUCAUAUCAGCACUUGUUGAUGCAAAAACCAAACAUAUACCGUACAGAGAUUCCAAGCUUACCCGUCUUCUCCAGGAUUCACUCGGAGGUAAUACAAAAACACUCAUGGUUGCCUGUUUGUCUCCGGCUGACAACAAUUAUGAGGAGACCAUAAGCACAUUACGUUAUGCCAACCGAGCCAAGAAUAUUCAGAACAAACCAAAGAUUAAUGAGGACCCCAAGGAUGCCCUACUGAGGGAAUACCAGGAAGAGAUCACCAAGCUUAAGGCAAUGUUGAUGGGUCAGCUCCCUAUCCCAGAGGGAGGUUUCCAAGGUGCUCCUGGGGAAGUGGCUAAGGCCGGACAUGCACCACCAAGCAAUAACACAGAGCAGAUUAGGAAGGAACUGGAGGAGGAAAAAGAAAGCAUAAGAUUGGAAUAUGAUGCCAAGAUGCAGGAAAUGCAGGAGGAAUUUGAGAAAGAAAAAGUUAGCAAAGCCAAGGCAGAACAGAAUCUCGUCAAACUGAGGGAAUACUAUGAUAGUAAACUCUCCUCUGUUGAUGGACAACUGAAAGGCUUGCCACCCACUGCUGCAGUCCUGGGGGAGAUAGAGUGGAACAAGGAGGAGGGAGGCGGAGUCGAAGGAGGAGCUAUACUUAAAAUCAAUGAGGAGGGCAAUGAGGAACAGUGGCAUGAGGCCACCGUGGGGGGCAAACAGUCCCAGGGGUCCGUGGCUGAAGAAAAUGAUGCAGAGUCUGAAAGGGAAGAGAAAGGAAAAGGUCAGGUAGCCGUUGCAGUGGUAGCCGGAAAGGCAGCUUCCACUGCUCGUGAAAAAAAAUCUAAAAAGGGUACCUCCCAGAAAAAGGAGAGUCAACCUCAACAGAAUGGCUCUGCCCCAGGUCCUUCCAGUGCCCCUGGUUCCGCACCUGAGUUAGGGGCAGAUGAAAGUGAGGGGUCUCUUGGGGGUAUGGAUGAGGAUGAGGAUUCCCCAAGGGCUGGAGAAGAUGAAGGAUUUACAGAAGACCAAGAAACUCGUCCCAGCUCUGUGAUGGGGGCUACUAUGCCAGCUGGCCCAGGUCCUACUGGAGACUUGAGCAAAGUAGUCAUUAAAGGCAAUGUACCCCCUCAACAGCAAUAUCCAUCUGAAAACGGGGAAAUCCAAGAUGGCCAGGUGUUACCAGGUGAAGAGGAGCAGGUCAACCAGAGCGGUCAAGCCAUGAAUGGUCAAGGCAUGAACGGGGCCAUUACAGCAGGUGGAAGGACUGGAGAACAGGAGGGAAUGGUGGCUCCUAGCUCUUCUCCCACUCAGUCAAAUAUGCAGGAACACCUCAAACUGCAGCAGGAGGAGGCCCUCAAAAGGAUUCAAGAACUGGAGAAACAAAUGGUUGGUGGAGAAAAUAAGAAUAACACUGAAGUGAAGAACAGACGCAAGAAACGCAUGAAGUUUGCUGAUGAACGAAAACAGAAACUAGCUGAGGCCAUCAUAAACAUGGAUGACGACUACAUUAUGUUGGAGAUUUAUGACAAUGUUCAGGAUGAGGUGAAGGCAAAAACUUCACUGCUGUUGAAAGAAAAAGAACGGGUGGAAGGACUUCAACGAGAGAUUGUUGACAUACAAUCGGAGUUUCAGUUUGAGAAAAUUGAUUACCUGGACACAAUUCGCAAGCAACAGAAAGACCUACAACUUUAUCAGUCACUGUUGGAAAAAAUACACCCAUGUCUACGAAAAGAUUGUAACUAUAGCAACUUGGACAGAAUACGUAUGGAAUGUAAGUGGGAUGAAGAGGAACAGAAAUGGCUGCUGCCAAGAUUAAUGAUUCAGACAACAGCUCUUCCUGUAGCAGAGACCACAUUGACUCAGUCUACUAGCCCAGAAGCGGGAACAUCCAAAGAGGGAGUGAUGCCAGGUACCCGUGGUAUGGACCCGAAGUCUCGCAACCGUCCCUAUGUCAACGGGGACGUCAAUGCCAGCCACUAUGAUCAAGAGGAGGAUCGUUAUAAAGAGAAAAUUAUGUAUAAAGAUGACAAGUCCUCAAAGUAUUUCCAGACCAAAAGGGCAAAUCAGCUGCUUCAAACCAAUGGAGGUGAACCAGUCAGCAAAGUCAAUAUGGCUGAGAUCAAAGACACAUUGAAACAAAGGUCCCCAAAUAAUUUCCCAUCAAGCAAUGGAUUUGGUAGCCAUGACGAUGGCAUGAGUAGUGGGUUACGUGCAGCUGCAGUCCAUGGUCAGCUGAUGCAGGAGGACACCAUGGUUCGUCGACCGAUGCGCUUGGAAGCCUUGCCAACUCUUGGAUCUACAGGGAAAACAAAGAAGAAGAAGAAACAACCCUACUGAUAUAUUGAUUCCCCAUGUACUCUCUAUGUGAUGUGAAGACAGGUAUUAGUUUGGCUGGUACUUCAUAUUCUAGAAGGAAGAAUAAUUAUAUAAAAAUAAAGUCCAGUUAUCGAGGACUCGUAACAUACAAGACCACUUUGAAGCUCAAUAUCAUUUUGUCAGAGCUUGCAGUGGUUUUCCUUGAAGUGCAUAUAAGUGGUUUGAAAUAAAUAGAAAUGAUCUUAACCGGUAUAUGAAAUUUAUUAAUGUUUUUCAAAAGGAAAUAAAACUUAAAAUGAAUAUCUUUUCUUAUCAAAAUAUACACUCCAUUGUGUGUUAGUGUACUGGGAGGUUAGAAAAUCAAAUCUAUAUGUGUUAAUUUUUGGAAAAUCAUUUCUCUUUGUUCUGGAGUAUGUCCUUCCAUAGCUAAUACACAUUCUUGUCAACACAUUUAGUGAGCCUGUGUUUAAUUUAUUGUAUGUAUAUCCAGGGUUUUGAUGCAAUCACAGAAUAGAUACAUGUAAGUAACAACCUACUGUUCAGAUACCAUGUAUGAUGUAAGCAAAAAAGUUUUCAGAUUCCUUGAGGUACAAAAAAAAAACUUUUAAAAACAGCACUGCUUUUAAAUUAACUAUUAACAGUGUGUCAUCAGAAUAAUUUUUAUAAUCACAUUUUUCAAGGUUUGGAAAUUUUCUUGGGGAUGAUCCAGUUUGAAUGGUGAAACAAGAAAAUCACAUUGAAGAAUGUUAUAUAACUGGUUAUGUUGUUACAAGGAUUUUUCCAAUAUUGGAUUUUGAUGUUGUUCUAUUAAUUGUUGAAAAAAAGCAACUGGUGAUAUUGAUGUGAUUAAUGUAUUCAUUUAUGGAGAUUUGACUACAGUGCUACCCAUUCUUCAUGUAUGGGCACACAACGGCAGUGACUGCUGUAUGGCAUAAUGUAGAAAGCGUUAAGUGUAAUGUCAUUGUUCUUUUAUUAUUUCAUCUGGUUUAUUUUGUUUUUCUGGAGGGAGGGUGUUUAAAGCAAGUUCUUGAUGGCAUAAAGAUACUUUAAAAGAUAAUUACGGAACACCUGUAUGUAAAUAUCUUACCGUGCAUGAAUGAUUAAAUCUUAGUAUAUAUUUCUCAGAAGUUGAUGCACUUUUGUGAAUGAAAUUUGCAUUGAUUUUAGCUAUGUUAUAUAUUUGAUUUUUUCGAUGUUGAACAGAAAGUGCUGGAGCACUGAUUUCAUAAAUGAGUAACUAAAGUAGAAAUAUAAGAAUGUUUAUACUUUGGUUGUGGAGACCAUGGUUUUUUUCUAUACAGGGUAUGAGUUUUAUGCAGUUGUGCUUUGGUGUCUAUGAAAUACCUAUAAAAGAUAUCAGAAGUACUCUCAGUUUGUCAUCAUCCUGAUGUGUCACCAAACACUUUAUCUGUUAUUAACAAACAUAUGUAUCUUAGUAACAAUGUUUCUGUUAAAAAUCAUCUUUGAAAUCCAAGGAUUCAACUGUCAUUUACAGGUGUACUUAUCUGCACACUUAGUUUCAAAUUAAAGUAACAUGUCUCAAAACUAGAGUUCGAUAGCAACGAAGUUACUUCCAAACCGAAAUUAGUCAAUUUUACCCCAAAGAUUUCUAGAGAUCCUUUUUUUUUUAUCAGAGAUCACAAGUAGGUAUAGUUUCCUAAAUGUUUCCAGAUCAGCCAACUGGUAUAAUAUGCUACUUGUAAGAAGGUUUUGAUUUUAUCUUUACAUAUUUAAGGAUGCCAAAAAUACAAAUAUGAGUGUACUAAUGGAAACAAUAAGGAGAUAUCCUUCAAUCAUCCAUUUGUCACUGGUAUGAUACUGUUAGUGACACACUACUGAACUAGCAUCUUAAAUAACCCUCUUCUCUGUUUUUAAAUACCUCUAUGUGUUGAAUAUACAACCAUUCAUGACAUUUCUUUAAGGUGUGUAAGUGUGGUUUACAAUCCUCUUGGUGAACAAUCAUCCAUUAUGCUAGCUCAUGAAAAAAUCAGUUUCAGUGACUGUGAUUUGUUUUACAUUCCAAUUAUCAUUUGCAAUAUCAUUUAAUUAUUCAGAUGAAUACAUUCCUUCACUUUCAGGUUUCUUGUUACGAGGCACUUUCAUUUAUCCCUGUGCUUGUCUCAAAGCAGUAAGAAGAUACUUAGAACUGAUAAACUGCCUCAAUAAUUGUAAUGCUUGAACAGCUGGCCAUCACAGAAUCUCAGAUUGACCACUGAACUUUUAAAUGAAAUAGAAUUAAUGUAAUGCAUACAAUUACCUAUAUUUCAAUAUCAGAUGUUCCCUACCAGUAAAAAAUUUCAUUAGUCAAUUUUGUGAUUGAAGAAGAAACUUUCUGGUUGUCCACAAAACAUAUCCAGUGGGUUUAUCAAUUUACCUUUAGAAGUAUUAUUUUGGUAGAUCUCAGAAAAAAAUUAAAAUCAUCAAAUUUAGAAAUGAAGAUCUUUUCUUAGUCAAUUAAAAUCACUAGAUUGAUUUUUGAAUACAACUGAGAUAGGAAAAAGUGUAAAACAGUUUUCAUGUCAGUAAGACUACCGUUAGAGUAGUGUUUUGAGCAUUACAUCUUUUAUGUCGAGUCACAAAUAGCAAUAAGGUGCAAUGUAGAGGUAGACAUUAUCAGGAGAUUGUUAUGUGUAUAUUUUUGUGCUGUGUUAUUAUUUACUUAGUUUUUGAAGUGUUAUUGACAAACAAAUUUGUUCCAUUGCUAUUUCCAUUAUGGUUUUAUGCUUGUAAAAUUUUUGACUAUUUCAUUGAAUUGAUGUAAAAUUAUUUUUGAUAGUGUGAUUUUUCAAAGCUUUGACAAGUCAAGCAUUGUUUUAGAUAUCUUGUUACUAAGGUAUGAAUGCCAACAUAUAUUUGUUUGAAUUUUUCUACACUUAAUUGAUGAAAUCCAGACACACAUUACACUCGGUUUUCACAUUGCUUUUCAUUUUAAUGGCCCUGUGCAGUUUUACCUUGAAUUUCAAAUUGAUGACAUAAUAUAGAACACCCAGCCUGCCAAACAAACAAAACAAAUACAAUUUUGUAAAUUGGCUUUAAAGUUGUUGAAAUAGAUAAGAAUAGUUGAUCUCAAAGUAUUGAGAUUUUUUCUCUUUUUCAUUAUAUUUUUUUUUCCAACUAGAAUUAAAUACACAGUCUAUACCUUCAUGAAUACUUGACCCAGAAGAUGUUGCGUUUAAUAUCUUUGGCUAAACAUCUAAUUGUAGGUAUGAAUUAUUUUUGUUAAAAAAUUAUUUAAUCAUCAGAAAGUGAGCCAAUCUCAAAGAAUUGAAUAAUUGUUGUGUGAUGGGAAAUGAUUUUACUACUACAGAUGUUUUAAUUCUCACUUAUGUUUAUAUUUCUGACAAACACAAGUCAACACCUUGUGGCUAGAUAUUACAGUUUUGUUGUGCUUCACUUUUUACUACAUGCAUGAUUUUUUUUUUUUUUUGAU